AUGAAGAGGGGUAGUAGUUUUUGUAUUGUUCUGAUAGCAUUUGUUUUAACAACACUUGUGGUCCUUCGACCCUGCCAAGGACUAACGGCCGGUGGAAAUAACUGGUCUAGAAGAUCAAAACCUGAGGUGUGUAUUAAAACGUCUUCCUUAUAUCUCAAUAACAGAACUUACUGUACUCCUUUAAACGACCAGACUUAGUGCAAGAUAAAGUGGUCGCUUAAGAGCGGCAGUGAUUCCAAAACUGUUGGGGUAAACAUAGAUUUUUUAGUACAACUAAUUCUAAAUCAAGUAAGACAGUUUGGAAGUAUGAACCUGAAAUAAGCGCAUCGAAACAACGAAUUGUUUAGUACAUUGGAAUUCUAACUAUAAUGUCAGUGGUUUUCGUGGCUGUAGAACAUAACUCCCUCGCAAUCUUAUGGACGGCAGCUUACAGACGAGACAGAACAAAGCUUUUUUGGCUUGGUUGUCCUUUGUCUUGGUUGCCAAAGACAAAGGUUUUGAAACAAUAAUUGACUAAGAAACAAAAAAAUUUUGUUUGUUUUAUUUAAUUUUAUGUUAUUGUCCUCAUUAUAUUGUUGCAGUUGCCACUGAAAAUUCCUUACAGCGGAAGUGGCAAUAAAAUAUGCAUGUAUAUAUGUAGCUAGAAACUUUCGAUUUUAUGGGGAAAGGCAUUUCCCUCACGGUUGGAGUAAUGUGUUCAGUGUCGAUCGAUAAAUCCACGAAGGUCCACGCCCCAAUGAGCGCCAUUGUGUUGCGUUUAACAAGUCAUCUUUACAUUGUAGGAAAAUAAGUAAGAGCCAGUCGAUGUGAUAUCCCAUGAUGAUAACCAUACCCCUGGCCGCUGCAAUAAACGCAAUUAGUGCUUUAGCUGAAAUCUUCUUUUAUCUUCUUCACCCCUUGCCAACCCUGUCUCAUCGAGUAAUUUUUUUCAAUUUUUUUUGUGUGUUUUUUGGAAUUUUGGUUUUUUUCAUAUCGUAUCAAAUUGACACUUAGGCACAAAAUAUCAGAACGCGCUUGAGGAAGUAUGUGCACAUUCAAGGCGCAGUACAAGUGUAGUAUCAUUAUAUCAUCAUUAGAUCAAGACCUUUUACCUCAAUGCUAACCUCUUGCCCAGAUACUUAGUCCCGGAGGCUCUACGUUUGGGAUCAUACUGAGGCCAAUAAAAAUUCUCAACUUUAGUCAAUAGUAUCCUGUGAAAUCUCCUUUAAUCAUAUGGUCUUAAAGAUAAAAUAUUUCCUCUUUAAUUAAAAGAGCGACAACACAAAAUGAUGAAACGUCUGCUUUGUAGCUGUGUUGAAGAUGUUCUCAUCACUUUGAUAUGAGUAGAAAAAGCAUGGUUUUAAGUUAUCUUUGUUCUUUUUUGACCACUUCCAUCAGUGCGACGUAUUGGCAAAUCUUUUUCUGGCCUAAAUAUAAAAAUUAUACGAGUACACGAUCAGUUAACAAUAUAAAAUGCUGCUCCAAAUUUUAGUCAGAGCAGGACCUUUGAAACAACUCUCAUUUACAUAAUUGCAGAUAUAUAUCCAUUACAAAGUCACUCAUCAGUUGUUACAGUAAUGUCGAUUCGUUCAACUUUUCGUGGGUCAGAUCAUAUUAGAACUCAGGAAAUUGAAAAUCAUUACUUUACAUUCUCCUAACAUUUUAAAUCAGCAGCUUCCGAUACCCACAUUUGCAUUUAAGACUCCGAAUCGGAAGACAAUAAAUCCUAUUAUUUCCGCGCCCACGUCGCCAGAAGCUUAAAGAACCAAAUCGCAUUUAAAAAAACAAAUAAUUUCCUAUUCAUGUGCCAAAUGAAUAAAGUUUGAAAUCUUCGUGUUGAAAUGAACUUUUCAAAACGUCAUUUGACAAUUUAAAACGGUUUAUUAGAUUUCAGGACACUAAACCUUGGUAGACUAUAUGCACCCCUUUUAUGACACUUGUGCAACGUUCUAACUUAGAAAAAAAAUAUGGAGCCGUAAAACGCCAAGUGAAGUUAUUAGGGAGAGUUUCCAUAUGUCUAAAAAGCAGAUUUUACAUAAAAAAUUCGCUUGUAAUGCUACGUAGCGUGCAAAUUUAUGCAUAGAAAUAUGAAACGGCUCAAAAGAUCAGGCCUUUACUUGAACAUCAAAAAUUACGAUUCCGACCAAUAUCCUACUGGUUGAGAAAAAGUUAUUCAGACUUGGCGUUUAUUUCCGAGCGAUCAUUAUUUACGGGGCUUAAACAAUUUUUUUUAAAGGUAAAGUUGCUUAUUCAAUCAGCUCUCAAACGCUAUAAAUAUGAAUAAUGAUCGUCUUGAGAAUGAUCUUCAAAAAGAAACCCCGCCCGCGAACUGUUCCUAAAACAGAAAAUCAUGCAGAAAUUUUGGGUGUUUUUUCUCGUUGUUUCGUUCGUCGCUGUAGCUAACUUCAUUUCAAAAACCAACGGAAUUGCCGCCGGUGGGUCUACAUGGAAAUCGAAAAGAAAUUCGGAGGUUGGAUCAAUAGAACUUUUCUUCAAUGACUAUAAUUUACACCACAUGAUUGCUCUAUUAUACUUGGCACAUGUUCAUGUUCUAUGGCUGACCAUUCUUUAGCAUACUCAUUGCUCUCUAUCAUUACUUUGUUAUUGCAGUAACGAAACGAUAAUUAAAAAGCGCUAAAAAUUAUAUGUAUACACAUACAUACAUACAUACAUAUAUACAUAUAUACAUAUACAUAUAUAUGCAUAUAUGCGUCCUCUUUAAUUCUCUAACUUAUGUAUGUAUAUAUAUAUAUAUAUAUAUAUAUAUAUAUACACACAUAUAUAUAGAUGCCAUUUUACCCGUUUUUAGUUGAGAACAUAUUCGAUGUUUCAUUUUGAUUGAGUAAAGGACUCAAGCACCGUCAGAAGUCAAUUGUUAUGAUAAUCAAAUCGCAACAUGUAUGAUUUCAAUGUCACUUGUCGAUUCAAAAUGCUAUUGGAGACACUCUGAUCAUUUUAAAAUCAAAUUUCACAUUCAGAAACUUGUCCAUUUUGGUGGAAACAAACUUAAACUUGAACCUUUUUGGUUGUUUUUAAGUUACGCGUCGAGUUAAAUUAAAAAAGAAUUUUCCAUUUCUAACUUCAGCUUUGAAGGAGGAUUUUCUGAAAGCCUUUAUUUUCUGAAAAGGUAUCGCAAGACAUAUUUAAAUCGGUGACUUUUAUGAUAUAAAAAACUGGUAUGUCUCAUAACAAUAUCUUUGUUCAAUUACGGCUUUUGGUAACCUUGAAUUUGGACAGAACGCUUAUUCAGUUGUUCAUGAUAACUUACAGCCUGAACAAAUCAGCUGAUAAUAUUUUGGUCCGCUUUGACUAUGCCAGGAAUCCACCAAUCGAAAAUUCGAAGAACGAAAUGGAAGCUGCGUACGAGGUUCCUUGAAUACUUUAUGAGGAUCGAAUGGGCAGAAUCUUAUCUCUCUCCCCUACUCUUAGAACACGAGAAAAUCUUCUAUUGAUCACUGAUUUUCAAUCUUUUUUCUUAGGCAAAGCGAGCAUUGGAGAGUAUGUGUAGAGCAGCAAGAGAGCAUUGCAAGCGUGAGGUCCUUUCUGACGACUUCGACCUGCCUCGACUCCGCCCCGGUCAAUAAAAUUCAAAGUUUCAGUUAUUCGAGGAGAAGAGAGAUUAUCCACGAUAGAGAAAGAGGACUUCUAUUGUCAUAGCAGAAUAACUGAAUCUAGAGACAUUUGAUAACACCAUUGACUUGUAUUUAACCGACCUAAUUAACUAUGAAAUAAAUUGCGACGUUUGAUUCAGUCAUGAUGCAC